AUGGACCGUCGACUGAGGUCCCAGGUUCUCCAGCAGCUGCUGCAGAACCCCGGAUAUGAUGCUGCUGGAGUUCUCCUUCUUCCUCGGCCAGGAAAUCUUGUUAGGAUGAGGGGUUUGGUACUCAGGACUUUCGGUGCAAGAUGCGCCAAAUGCGGGCGCGGGAUAAACACCACGGACUGGGUUCGUCGGGCUCGGGACCAGGUUUACCAUUUGGCGUGCUUCGCUUGCGAGGCCUGCAAAAGGCAGUUAUCCACCGGCGAGGAAUUUGCUCUGCACCAGAACCAGGUGCUGUGCAAAACCCACUACCUGGAAACCGUGGACGGCGGGAACAGCUCUUAUGACGUCCAACUGAGCUUAGAUAAUGUGUCUCUAUUGGUAUUUUUUUCUGAAAUUCUUUCGACAGAAUCCGGCGACGGAGAAAGCGGAGGCAGUGGUGCCAACGGCUCGUCAGGCGGGUCCGGGAAGUCGAAAGCCAAACGAGUCCGCACCACCUUCACGGAUGAGCAGCUGCAGGUUUUGCAAGCCAAUUUCCAGCUGGACUCGAACCCGGAUGGCCAGGACCUGGAACGAAUAGCCCAAAUCACGGGCCUGUCCAAGAGAGUCACCCAAGUGUGGUUUCAGAACUCCAGGGCCAGGCAGAAGAAGCACAUGCACCAGAUGACCAAAGUCGGCGGCAACAACAAGGUCGGCAGCAACGGCAUACCGCAUGGCGUCGUGAUGCAAGGAGCAGAUUUCCAGCAAGUGAACGAGAUGAAUAACAGGUCUGAACAGUCGCAGUCAAUGGACACGUCUGAGGACACGAGCAACUCCGGCAUGACAGUGAUUUAUUCCUUCGGUUGA